AUGCACAGGUCCCAGUUGAGAAUCGAAGAUAAAGAGCUCGACUUUGAGUUUGAAAUCGUCAAUGUUCAGUUUAAUGAGGUGGGGCAUUACAUCCUGAGACUGACUGUGGAAAACCCGCUUCUGGAAGGUUCUGGGACGGGGGUCUGGCUGCAGGUGAACGAUGGUGAUGUGUUAUCCACCAACAGUGGAGUCACUGAUGUCAUUGAACAGACCAAUGUGAAUGAAAUCCAGGCUGUCCUCAAAAAGAAAUUUAUUUUCAGGCUUCCUAAAGGUUACUGUCAAAAUGAUAAGAACCAUGAUGUACGGUUACGUAUUGAAGCCUUCCGAGUAAUUGGCACUUCCCUGAACAGUGGAACGAAGGAAGGGGAGGCCUUUUUUGCCAUCUAUCCUCGCACCAACGCCCCCAGGAUAAACAUCUUUGCGAAGGAAAACGAAGACUUCUACUGUUACAGCAUUAUCCUGGCCCUGUUGCGUGUCCAGGAUGACGAGCUCACAAUGCAUUGUGGGAGGAUGGCAUGUAAUGUGUCCUUUCAUGAGGUGCGGCACCCGAAGGACGUGGUGUCCCGGACUGACUCCUCGAUGCUGCCGAGCAAGGCCGGAGGGUCCCCUGACCUCUCUGCUCCAGGCUCAUGCCCAGUGCCAGAGCCGGACAUACCUUUAACAGCCUCACCACAACAACGGGUGCCCACUCCAGCAUCGCCUUCACCCAUCCCUCAGGCUGGAACUGCAGAAGUAACCAAUCAGGAGCCUCCUGAAGAAAGUCCAUCUCCUAGUCUAGCAGAGGAGUGCACUAACCAUCAACGGUUGCCAAGCGAUUCCAGCUUCCAUCUUUCAUCACCUGCAGGUACUCCUGUGAGGAUGCCUGAAGGACCUCCUUACACACACGUCUUGGAAACACCACUCGGAAAGACUGAAGUGACACUGUCUUCCCCAGCGAAUGAGGAGCACGUCUCAAGACCUGGCAAGGAAUGUAUUAGCAUAAUACUGCAUGGAGCGACGGAUAUACCGGCCCUCAGUGAUGGCUCAGUGCCUCAACCAUUCGCAAUAGCUAAAAGUGGAUCAGAUGGUGAACAUCACCAGAGAGCUCAGGGUGUUACCCAUGCCACCAUCCAACCCACCCAUUCACCAUCCUGGGAGGCAAAGGUGACAGUGGAGAUCGACGAAGGAAGUGCCAAGGAUGAAGUGGUGAUUCUGGACAUUGCAGACAGCAAAACAAAGGAGCUGUUGACUAGUUACUGCAUUCCUGUUGCCUACUUGCAGAUGUUCCAUCAUUACCACGUCGAGUUGAUACAGCCCCUUCCCAGUGUUCCUUCGGGCACUCGACUGUACAUCACCAUCGUUCGGAAAGCCAGCACCAUCCCUCGUCAAGAAGGCUUUACUUUCACUGGCCUGGAGGUUUUGCUUCGAGGUAUGGAGAAUCCAUUAAAGGAUCCUGUAGGCCCCCUCCUUGCAGUGGCUAGAAUAGUGCCUGAUCAUGAAUCCUAUGAAAAUGCAAUACUGAUGAAGAACCCCUGGUUGGCUGGCAUUAAUGCCACUGCAGUAAAGCAUCCAAGUCUGCACCAGUCCUUUUUUGAUGUUCCUCAUCACGCCAGCCAAGGUCACCCCCAGGUAUCUCCUGUGGGUAUUCCUCAGGAGCAGCCAGUCUGGGAUUUUUCCUUCCUGUUCCAGGGCCGGGAAUGUGCCACCAUCUUCACCGCAGGAUCUGCUCUCGUGCUGGAGUACUACUCCAUCACCACUGUGAUGAACACCGUCAGCUGGUAUAUCCGCAGCCCACUCGGUUUCUCAGUGGUGCCCCUGGACCAGGGUGCCUACCGCACACUGAUGUCGGAGAGUGGAGGCCGUGGAUUGCGGUUAGAUGGCUUACCUGUGCAGGGCAACAACUUGAGAACAGUAACCAACACCACUCCCACUGUUGGUCUCAUUCUCCGUCUCAUUGCCUCUGAGAGGCCGGAUUCAGUUCUUACUGCCACAGAUGCCCAUCAUUUGCCCAGUCUGGAUGUAAAAUCAUGGACCAGUCUCCAACAACAAGCCACUGAUGCGGCAUUUCCUGCAGAAAUAUCUUCAGGACCACACCGAGCAAACAUGGAAAAGUGGACCAUAUUACCAACCCAGGAGGGGACUGCAGCAUUACCAGCAACACAGUGUGAAAAGCUGACUGAUUUACCAUCUCCCCAGCUCUCCAAAGAGGGACAGACCCAAAGUACGCCGGGAGAGAGAGAGAGAGAGAGACAGAGAGAGAGAAGGGGGAAGAUUGCUGUUCUAUCUGCAGACAUUGAGGACUGUGUUCCAAAACUCUUAUUUGCCAGGAAGCAGAUAUUUGGAAUGUUGCGUCAGUCCAAUAAGCAGCUUCAGCAGGACAGAGUUAGCCUUCCAUCCUACGAUGCACUGACUCAGAUUCUUCCCGAGUACAAUUACCUGUUCCGCAGUCCUCGCCCGGUGGAGAAGCGAGAGAAGGAGCAGCAGCAGUUAGUCCGACAUCCCAAUCCUCUCCAGACUCACUACAGUGCUGUGUCCUCGAAGAAAAGGGAGCCUCUGACUGAUGACCAUGCUGAAAACCAGGAAAUUCGCCGUCAUGAAGCAGAGGAACUGGAUAAUUACUGGACCGCCAUGCAGAAGAUGGCUGAGGACAUCAUUAACCUGAGGAAGGAUGUCACGAGGCUGGAGGUCGAAAACAGCAAACUGCGGAGUGAGCUGAGCUCUCAUCAAGACCUCGGCCGAGUUCUGCUGGAUGACACCGACAUUGAUGUGAUGACUAAAGCAGAAAUAGCUGACAGAAUAGUUUUGUUAAGACAGAAACUGGCCGCAGAGACUGCGGAGCUUCUGAAUUGCAAAGACAAAGUACAGCAGCUCCAGAACGAAUUGAUACGGAAGAACGAUCGUGAAGCUGAGCUUUUGAAGUCACAGAAAGCCCAUCAGCAGCAGCUGGCUGCGCUGCACAAAUACCAGGAAAAAAUGCACAAAUCAAAGAUUCUGGAAGACACCAUACGGCAACAGGAAAAGGUUAUUGAAAGAAUGGAGACUCUUCUGGACAAAAAGUUGAAAGAGAGACCGAAAGCAAAGCCUGAAGCAUCUAAAAAGCGUACGGUGAGUACUGAAGACAACAUAAGGAAAGAGGUGGAGUCUGUCUUGUUGGCAGAGAAUGCCCGGCUGAGGGAAGAGAUUGAAAGGUUACGCCUGCAGCCUGUGCCCAUCGUAGUUCAGCAUCCCAUGCAUUCACAGAAGUCCCUUUCUGACUCGGAGAAAUUAAAUCUCUUAGCAAGAUUGGAGAAGACUCAGAGACGUGUACAGACACUGGAGACGCUGUUGGAGGAGAGUUCGCGGAAAUGGGGGAGGGAGAAACAGGAGAUGUUGACAAGGAUCUCGGAAUAUGAGCAUGGUUUUACCAGAACCUCUACCAUCGUGUUGCAUGACUUUCCCUCGAGAAAUGCAUCAGACUCCAUUUUGAUCCGAAAUCGACAUGGAAUGCUUGAUCCUUUGGCAUGA